CCACCAGAAGGUGUCGCGAGCGCCGCUUCAGCUGGUGGGUCAACGUAAACGCAGCUGAGGCGGCGAAGAUAUGUUACGUGUAACAUGAAAUGUAGCAGCCGAUUCGCGUCCACAGAUUGCUCCCUACGAAACAAUAAACAUUGCUACGGCUUUCGAGAAACAUGACAGUCUGGCUUACGCUCCUUUACGGAGCAGCUAGCCUGGCCCUGCUGCUGUGUUCGGUUCGCGGCAACAUCGCCGACGACUCGGUCCUGUUCAGCAUUAACUGGCCAGGUGCAUCGCCCGACAAGAAACUGGCACCCGUCGAGCUCGAAACGCUGUGGAUGGUCUCCGCCGAAAAGGAGCGCUACAAGUGCCUGCUACCCGCCAAUCCUGUAUCGCGAGAGGACGCCGAAGCUGCUGCUCCGUACGCGGGGCCGACGCCUCUUGCGCUGCUGAAGCCGCUCUUUUCCCGGCUGUUCUGCUCCUACCGCCUUGAGCAAUACUGGACCUAUGAGCUGUGCCAUGGCAAGAGCGUUCGGCAGUACCAUGAGGAAAGCAUUGACAACAAGGUUGUCCUUCAGGAGUACUUCCUUGGCAAGUACGAUUCCAAAAAGCUGGAAGCCGAUGAUUCGACCUACUUAUCAACGCGAAGCCGGCGACCUCCCCGAAUUCGGCUGGAAGGAGGCCUGGAGCUCCCGUACUUUGCAGUCAACAUGACGGGAGGCACGGCUUGCGAGCUGGGCGAGCGAGCGCAACGCUCGACUCGUGUGCUCUACGUGUGCAGCCAGGAGGCCCGCAACGAAGUGCUCAGCAUCGACGAGCUCUCGACGUGCGAGUACCAGGCUGUGGUGCUGACCCCGUACCUCUGUGGCCAUCCGGACUACAGUCCAGAUACAUCGCCAGAGAAUCCGAUUCAGUGUGUGGCCCAGGACGGUGCCCCCCGAAAGCCCAGGGGCAUGUGGACAGAACAGGUGCAGCAGCAGCUGAUUCCUCCCGAGCCGUUGCCACCGCAGCCGCCACCGACUUCCGAGAAGAUCUCUCAGCUGGUGCAGGACUUCCUUGCAGGCAGCUACUGCCUCACGGGGGGCGCAGGCUGGUGGAAGUACGAAUUUUGCUACGGCAAGCGUGUGAGCCAGUUCCACGAAGAGAAAGGCAAGGAGCGGAUCAGCAUCCUGCUGGGCACCUGGGACCACAAGGCACACAUCGCAUGGCUCGACAAGCACCCCGAGCGAAAGCCCGGCCGCACGCCCAGGUACCUGACACACUUUUACGGAUCCGGGGACACCUGUGACCUUACGCAGAAGCCUCGCACAGUGGAAGUUCUCUUGAAGUGCCGCCAGGCGAAGGGCAACGUCGACAGCGUAUCCCUCUACUUACUUGAACCCCGCACCUGCGAGUACAUUCUCGGAGUGGAGUCUGCCAUAGUGUGCAGCUUUAUGGACAAGGUGGACGAGUACGCGCUGCCCAGCUGACACUGGGCCAACACCAGAGCGCACUCACGAAGCCGGUCGCUGUCUCUUGGAGGCUUGCGCGGGACUCGGAGACCGCCGCUUGGCCCGGCCGUUCCAUUCCUGCGCAUGCCACCGCGACAACUUGCACCAAAUUCCGCAACAUUCUCGUUGAAAAACGAAAAUUUCAUGUGCUUCAACUUGUGACAGCAUGUUUUGUUAAGAUGCGAAUCGGCAAGCUCGACAACAGACGCAACCUCAAAGACGGCCGACAAAAUUGUUAACAAGUGUUGUCAUGUGCGACGUGACGGCUAACUAGAUUUUCUUUUUUUUUUAGCAGUUUCGCUCACACAAAUUAAUGCUUGAGAAGAAAGUUUCUCCAAACAUGCUAAUCUUGGUUACAUAAUUGAAAACAGUCUUUUCUUUUUUCCUGCUUAGUCAGUUCUGAAUCGACUAGUCCUAACAGAAAAUUCGAGCAUUAAUUCCAGCACCACACAACACUGGGCUUUAAAGGGAAUCUAGCAAUCGCUAAAAAGCACACUAGUCAUUGCUGUAAGAGGCUUGGGUCAGUAAACCUUCAAGCAAGCCUUAACUCUUUGAACUUUCGCUCAUGUGAAAUGCCUUGGAUUUCUGGCUGAAACCAAUGGGUUCAGUGCUCAUUUCGUUUUAUCGACCCAGAAAGUAACUUAAUUGCUAAUUUACUGCAGGUGUACCCGGAGAAUAUGCGAGUUACUAGCCUCGAAUCUUCCAGAAGUUGGGCUUCCGUUUGCUUUCCUUUUUUUUUUUUGCCUAAUUCCUACUUUUGAAUAAAAAGUUCUAUCUUUCA